UGAGAAAAAACAACGCCAAGAGGUCGUAAUCAGGCGGAAUAAAAUCACACAAACUCACCGAAAAAAAACGAAAAGGGAUUAUUUAAAACCGGAGCAAGAGGAAGGAAUACAGCUUGUAGAUCAUCCUUUAAACAUAUCUUGUAAAGAAGUCAUUGGAAGUUUUGGCAUCAUGAGGAUUUUGAGUGUUGUGCUCCUGCUGGUUCACGCCUUGGCGGUGUCCCGACUGGCCAAUGGUGCUGCAGUUGACAGGUAUGAGAGCGACAGGCAGCGGCACACGGCUGUUAUCAACUUUAUGGACACAACCAAAGACAGGAGGUCAGAGGAGGAGAACAGAAGAGGUGUGGGUGCAACAACAGUGGAGUAUGAUCAGAGAGGCGAAGAGGACUACGAUGAUGAAUAUGAUUACUACGGAGAUGAAUAUGAAGAUGGCAUGUCUGGGGAUUCUGAACUAGAGGCGCCACGAGUUGCCAUGUCAAGCAAACCCCAAGACCCAUCUGCCAUCCUGGAGGAAAGCACUGAUGGAAACAGAAGGAGAGGAAAGGGGAGAAAAAAGGGGAAAGGCAAAGGAAAGAAGAGGAAUCCUUGCCUGAGGAAGUAUAAGGAUUUCUGCAUUCAUGGCACCUGCCAGUACCUGAGGGCACUCCGUUCCCCUUCUUGUGUGUGCCACCCGAGCUACUCUGGGGAAAGGUGUGAGUUCUUCACUCUGCCCGUGGAGAGACCUCAGGAGGGCUACAACCGGACCACAGCUUUGGCUGUGGUGGCUGUGGUGUUGUCGUCCAUCUGCCUCACCAUCAUAGGCCUCUUACUAAUGCUCAGGUUUCACAAGCGAGGAGCGUAUGAUGUAGAGAAUGAGGAGAAGGUCAAACUAGGGUUAGCGUCCAACCACUGAAGAGACAAAGAAGGGCAAAGAUGUGGCCACUCUACCUCAAAAUAAAAAAAGAGAGGACAUCCGAG